GCAAUCUCAUUGGCGUUUUUAUUUGGGUCUUUUAUUAACAAGAACAAGAGAGAGAAAGUGAGAGCGGGAGAGCGAUGGACUUGCUGCAAGGGAGGCUCUUGCCGCUGUUGACGCUUCUCGCUUCUUUUCUUUUCCUUUUAUACAUCCAGGAUUCUUCCAAGCCAUCUCAAAGUGGUUGCAGUCUUCUUCCUCACAGUCACUAUUGGAUUGCAAGCAAGCGCAUUGUGACACCACUAGGGAUUAUUUCUGGUGCAGUGGAGGUAAAGGGAGGGCAUAUCAUAUCUGUAGUUGAGGACAAGGAUUGGAAUGGAAAAUCUAAACAAGUAGUUGAUUACGGAAAUGCAGUUGUCAUGCCUGGCUUGAUUGAUGUGCAUGCACAUCUAGAUGAUCCAGGGAGAGCUGAAUGGGAGGGAUUUCCUUCAGGGACUAAAGCAGCUGCUGCAGGUGGCAUUACAACAUUGAUUGACAUGCCUCUAAAUAGCUUUCCUUCUACCAUUUCAACAGAAACUUUGAAACUCAAGAUUGAGGCUGCAGAGAAGAGUAUUUAUGUUGAUGUAGGCUUUUGGGGAGGUCUAGUUCCUGAAAAUGCAUUCAAUGCAACAGCUCUGGAAGCCCUCUUAAAUGCUGGUGUCCUUGGUCUGAAGUCUUUUAUGUGCCCAUCAGGGAUUGAUGACUUUCCCAUGACAGAUGCCACUCAUAUCAAGGCAGGGCUCUCUGUAUUGGCCAAAUACAAAAGACCUUUACUUGUACAUUCAGAGAUUCAACAAGAUGUCGAAAGCCACUUACAAGUUGAAGAUGGUGGUGAUGAUCCCCAAUCGUAUUCAACUUAUCUUAAGACAAGGCCACCUUCUUGGGAGGAGGCAGCUAUUAGAGAACUUUUGACUGUCACAAAGGACACAAUGAUCGGAGGUCCGGUGGAAGGCGCUCAUCUUCAUGUUGUUCAUUUGUCUGAUGCCAUUUCUUCCUUAGAUCUUAUAAAGGAAGCAAAAAUGAGAGGUGACAGCAUAACUGUUGAGACUUGCCCUCAUUAUUUAGCCUUUGCAGCAGAAGAGAUUCCAGAUGGAGAUACUCGUUUCAAGUGUGCUCCUCCUAUUCGUGAUGCAGCCAAUAAAGAAAAAUUAUGGAAAGCUUUAAUGGAAGGGCAUAUUGAUAUGCUAAGUUCUGAUCAUUCACCAACAGUCCCAGAGCUUAAACUUCUGAAUGAUGGUAACUUUUUGAGGGCUUGGGGUGGCAUAUCAUCUAUACAGUUUGUUCUUCCUGUGACAUGGUCAUAUGGACGAAAAUUUGGAGUAACAUUGGAACAGUUAGCUUUAUGGUGGAGUGAAAGGCCUGCGAAGCUUGCCAGACAAUAUUUAAAGGGAGCCAUUGCAAUUGGAAACCAUGCAGACAUCGUCGUCUGGGAACCUGAAGUGGAGUUUGACCUCGAUGAUGAUCAUCCUAUGUAUGUUAAAAAUCCGAGUAUCUCUGCCUAUCUAGGAAAAAGACUAUCGGGACAAGUGUUGGCGACUUUUGUAAGAGGGAACCUUGUCUACAAAGAAGGGAAUCAUGCUCCAGCUGCCUGUGGUACUCCAAUCCUGGCAACAUAGAAAAGGCAAACAUUAUUGGUUUCUCAUAAACAUCACCACAACAAGCAAUCAAUGAGAAGUGACAACAAUCGUCCUUUGUUGUAUUAUACUACUACUUGACAUCUUUCUUCCUAACAUUCAUGCCUUGGGCAUAGCCGGGCCAAUUUCUAGUAAAUCAUAAACCAAGAAAAUGGGAAAAACUUUCCGAUUAUAAAAGAAAAAAAAUAUAGUAUGGAAGAAAUACCGAUUGGAUUUAAAUAACUGAAAUUGGUAAGAAAAAGCCCAUUUAACUUAAAAUCUAAUUAGUAAUCUUCAUGCAUCUUUCCACUCCCUUUCCCUCCAAAACCCUCCAAUUCCAUUUCUCUUGCACAGCCACCGCCAAGAAAUGCCACCCUCCAAAGCGAAACCCUAAAAUGGCAUGCAUCAGUGAACUUUGGAAAUUGUAUUUCUGACUUAGAAUUCCAAAUUUUGGCAUUUUUAAACUCUACAUAUAUAAGCAAGCAAUCGUGAUGGAAUUUGAAAAUAAUUUGUAUUACAAUGGGUGUUUCUUAUUUUUAAUGUAUUUGAUGCAUGAAAAAAGGAUGAUUUCAAAUACUAUAUGAAUAUAUGAUAAUUGCAAUGUUAAAUUUAAGAAAAAAAUGGACUGGGGCUUAUCAUCAUCGGUAUUUGCUUAAGCCCAAAGCACUUAUUGAUGAUGUGUCAUACGACAGUGCCAUGGGGCCCUGAUUAUCAGAGCUUAAUCAAAUGACCAAAACCAACGAUGAUUUGAUCAGUGAUAAAAUGGCGUUUAGAAGUCAACCAAACGGGAAAUCUAGGAUCCACCGUUUAAAAGCGUUAUCAAAAGAUGUGCAAAAAAGUAAUUUGCUAAAAGGGGAAAAAAAAAAAAAAAACAAG